AUGUUGACUUCUUCUUCAGAUUCACAAGAACUUGGUAGUUGCUCUUCUUCUGGUAUUCCUCCGUCCAUAGCUGCUUCUGUAACUGCAUUUCUGAGAGCACGUGCAGUUCUUUCAAUUUAUGGAUCCAAUGGAAUUAAUGCUGCAGCUGAGCUGACUGGAUAUCCAGGAGGGCCGUACGAUACGUCUCUUUUGGUGAAGUACGAGCAUCAUGUUGCUCGACAUAUAUGGUUCGGUGAGGAAAGAGGACCAAAGAAAGAGUUGAAGGUUGCCGGACAUGGACUGAAGUUGACUUCUAGGGUUCCAUUGGCUCUUCCACCACAGAUGGAGAGUUGGGUAUCUAGAUCCGGUUUAGCUUCACUGCAGAGAACGAGUCUGAACAAGAUAGACACAAAUCUUGUCUCUGCAUUUGUGGAAAGAUGGCAUCUAGAGACAUCUUCAUUUCACAUGCCGUUUGGUGAAAUGAGCAUUACUUUAGAUGAUGUCGCAUGUCUACUUCACUUGCCCAUUAGGGGUAUCUUUUGGAGUCCUCAGGAUGUGACUGAAGAGCUAGCUGUUGAACUUGCUGUUGACUACCUAGGAGUGUCACAGGGUCAGGCACAGUCACAUGUUCGGAGCUGCAGGGGGUCGUAUUACAAGUUGGAGUGGUUAUAUGAUAUAUUCGUACAUCAUAGGGCUGCUUCCAGCUGGGCAUAUGCGACUAGAGCAUAUCUAUUGAUGUUGGUGGGUUCCACCAUAUUUGCUGAUAAGACCUUUACACUUGUAGAGGCACGAUACCUCCUCCUGUUUAGGGACUUGGAUGGAUGUUCAGGAUAUAGUUGGGGAGCAGCUGCACUAGUUACCCUCUACCGAUAUCUUGGAGAUGCGUCCAUGUACAGUUGCAAACAACUCGGUGGAUAUCCUACUCUCCUACAGUGUUGGAUUCACGAGUAUUUUCCAACUGUUGGAAAAAGAGGGGAGAAUUGGAAUCCUGCUGGAAACUGUGGUCUUCCCCGAGCGAUGAGAUGGUCGUAUAGACAGGGAGUCCUGAAGGUCGAUGAUUUACGACCUAUUUUGGACGAGCUGACACCUACCGACGUCAUCUGGCGACCAUUUGAGGAUCAUAGAGCAUGGCGUGUAUUUGAUGAGAUAUGUCUUUACAGGGGCUGUUUGAAGUGGGGUGAAACAGUUGUUCCAUACUUGCCUGAUAGAUGUUUACGUUAGUUCGGGUAUAGGCAG